GGCCCGCUUAUUGCCUUCCAACAGUCUGGCAGCAUUGUGCAAAGCGUUGUUUUUAUUGCACUAUGUGAGCAAAAUUUUUAAAUCCGGCUCAAAAAUAUAAAAGACAGACAAUCGCGAUGUUUUCGAUGUGCAAGCAGACGCACCCCGCCACCGCGGUGGAGUUCUCGAUCGCGUGCCGCUUCUUCAACAACCUGGAGGAGAACCUGGUGGUGGCGGGCGCCAAUGUGCUCAAGGUGUACCGCAUUGCACCCAACGUGGAAGCCGGUCAGCGCCAGAAACUGAAUCCCAGCGAGAUGAGGGUCGCUCCCAAGAUGCGACUCGAGUGCCUGGCCACCUACACCCUCUACGGCAACGUGAUGUCGCUGCAGUGCGUCUCCCUUGCCGGUGCUAUGCGAGAUGCCCUGCUCAUUAGCUUCAAGGACGCCAAGUUGUCGGUUCUGCAGCACGAUCCUGAUACCUAUGCCCUUAAGACCCUGUCGCUCCACUACUUCGAAGAGGAGGAUAUACGAGGUGGCUGGACAGGGAGAUACUAUGUACCCGUAGUCCGUGUCGAUCCGGACUCGAGGUGCGCUGUUAUGCUUGUCUACGGCAAGCGGCUAGUAGUGCUCCCAUUUCGCAAAGACAACACUCUGGAUGAGAUCGAGUUGGCGGACGUUAAGCCCAUAAAGAAGGCUCCCACGGCAAUGGUCACCCGCACGCCUAUAAUGGCCUCGUAUCUGAUAGCAUUGCGGGACCUGGACGAAAAAAUCGACAACGUGCUGGAUAUUCAAUUUCUACAUGGCUACUAUGAGCCUACACUGCUCAUCCUCUACGAACCGGUACGCACCUGUCCGGGCAGAAUAAAAGUACGCUCUGACACCUGCGUGUUGGUUGCCAUCUCGCUAAACAUCCAGCAGCGGGUUCAUCCCAUUAUAUGGACGGUGAAUAGUCUGCCCUUCGAUUGUCAGCAGGUCUAUCCUAUUCAGAAGCCCAUUGGUGGCUGCUUGGUGAUGACCGUGAAUGCAGUGAUCUACCUCAACCAAAGUGUUCCUCCGUAUGGCGUUAGUCUAAACAGCUCGGCGGACAAUAGUACUAGCUUUCCGUUGAAGCCUCAGGAUGGCGUACGCAUCAGCUUGGACUGCGCCAACUUUGCGUUCAUCGACGUGGACAAGCUGGUGAUCUCACUUCGAACCGGUGAUCUUUACGUGCUCACACUUUGUGUAGAUUCCAUGCGGACCGUCAGAAACUUCCAUUUCCACAAGGCGGCCGCAAGUGUCCUAACCAGCUGCAUAUGCGUCUGCCACUCGGAGUACAUUUUCCUGGGGUCGCGCCUUGGAAAUUCGUUGCUCCUGCACUUCACAGAGGAGGAUCAGAGCACGGUAAUUACGCUGGACGAUGUAGAGCAGCAGUCGGAUCAGCAGCUACAGCGCCAGCAGUCCGAGGAUCAGAAUCUGGAUGAAAUUCUUGAUGUGGAUCAACUUGAAUUGGCUCCCACGCAAGCCAAGUCGAGACGCAUUGAGGAUGAGGAAUUAGAGGUGUAUGGCUCUGGUGCUAAAGCAUCGGUUCUCCAGCUGCGGAAGUUCGUGUUCGAGGUGUGCGACAGUCUGAUUAACGUAGCCCCCAUUAACUACAUGUGUGCCGGAGAGCGAGUGGAAUUUGAGGAGGAUGGAACCACGUUGAGGCCGCAUGCGGAGAAUCUAAACGAUUUAAAGAUCGAACUUGUGGCAGCAACAGGUCACAGUAAAAACGGAGCCCUCUCCGUCUUCGUGAACUGCAUUAAUCCACAAAUCAUAACCAGCUUUGAGCUGGAUGGCUGUCUGGAUGUGUGGACUGUGUUCGAUGAUGCCACAAAAAAGACUUCUCGGCACGAUCAGCAUGAUUUCAUGCUUCUCUCACAGCGCAACUCCACAUUAGUGUUGCAAACUGGCCAGGAGAUCAACGAGAUCGAAAACACAGGCUUUACAGUGAACCAGCCGACGAUAUUUGUGGGAAAUCUCGGCCAGCAGAGGUUCAUUAUCCAGGUCACCACACGUCAUGUGCGACUUCUGCAAGGUACUCGCCUCAUACAGAACGUACCCAUUGAUGUGGGCUCGCCUGUGGUCCAGGUUUCCAUAGCUGAUCCUUAUGUGUGCCUGCGGGUUCUGAACGGUCAAGUGAUCACUUUGGCGUUGCGAGAAACGCGUGGAACUCCUCGACUGGCCAUUAACAAGCACACGAUCAGUAGUUCGCCUGCCGUGGUGGCCAUUUCCGCCUACAAGGAUCUCUCGGGACUGUUUACGGUGAAGGCGGAUGACAUAAAUCUGACGGGCAGCUCAAACAGUGGCUUUGGCCACAGCUUCGGUGGCUACAUGAAGGCGGAACCCCACAUGAAGGUGGAGGACGAGGAGGACCUGCUCUACGGCGAUGCCGGUAAUGCCUUCAAAAUGAACAGCAUGGCUGACUUGGCAAAGCAAUCCAAGCAGAAGAACUCCGACUGGUGGCGGCGUCUCCUGGUGCAGGCGAAGCCCAGUUACUGGCUGGUGGUUGCCCGCCAGAGUGGCACCUUGGAGAUCUACUCUAUGCCGGACAUGAAGCUGGUAUACUUGGUGAACGAUGUGGGCAAUGGAGCCAUGGUCCUGACUGAUGCCAUGGAGUUCGUGCCCAUUUCCCUGACGACGCAAGAGAACUCCAAGGCUGGCAUCGUCCAAGCCUGUAUGCCGCAGCAUGCAAACUCGCCGCUGCCCCUGGAAUUGACUGUCCAAGGCUUGGGACUGAAUGGAGAAAGACCCCUUCUGUUAGUUCGCACCCGGGUGGAGCUGCUCAUCUACCAAGUGUUCAGGUACCCGAAGGGGCAUCUGAAAAUUCGCUUCCGCAAGCUGGAGCAGCUGAAUCUCAUGGAUCACCAGCCCUCCCAUAUCGAGUUGGACGAAAAUGACGAGCAGGAAGAACUGGAAUCGUAUCAAAUGCAACCGAAAUACGUACAAAAGCUCCGGCCGUUCGCCAACGUCGGUGGACUGUCCGGCAUUAUGGUGUGCGGCGUAAACCCCUGCUUCGUGUUCCUCACCUCCCGCGGAGAGCUUCGUAUUCAUCGGCUGUUGGGCAACGGGGAUGUCCGCAGCUUCGCCGCCUUCAAUAACGUGAACAUCCCGAAUGGAUUCCUGUACUUCGACACGACCUUUGAGCUGAAGAUCUCCGUGCUGCCCAGUUACCUCAGUUAUGAUUCCACCUGGCCGAUACGGAAGGUUCCGCUGCGCUGCACUCCCCGACAAUUGGUCUACCAUCGGGAGAACCGGGUCUACUGCUUGAUCACCCAAAUGGAGGAGCCGAUGACCAAGUUCUAUCGAUUUAAUGGGGAGGACAAGGAGCUGUCGGAGGAGAGCCGUGGCGAGCGCUUCAUCUAUCCCAUCGGCUCGCAGUUCGAAAUGGUUCUGAUCUCCCCGGAGACCUGGGAGAUCGUGCCUGAUGCCUCCAUCCGGUUUGAGCCGUGGGAGCACGUGACGGCCUUCAAGAUCGUAAAGCUGUCGUACGAAGGCACCCGAUCGGGUCUCAAGGAGUACUUGUGCAUCGGAACCAACUUCAAUUACAGCGAGGACAUCACCAGCAGAGGCAACAUUCACAUAUACGACAUCAUUGAGGUGGUGCCCGAACCGGGGAAGCCGAUGACCAAGUUCAAGCUGAAGGAAGUCUUCAAGAAGGAGCAGAAGGGUCCUGUGUCGGCCAUUUCCGAUGUGCUCGGCUUUCUGGUCACUGGCCUGGGCCAGAAGAUCUACAUCUGGCAGCUGCGGGACGGAGAUCUCAUCGGAGUGGCCUUCAUUGAUACGAACAUCUACGUCCACCAGAUCAUCACAGUAAAGUCUCUGAUUUUCAUUGCGGAUGUCUACAAGUCCAUAUCCUUGCUGCGCUUCCAAGAGGAGUACCGCACCCUGUCGCUGGCCUCGCGCGACUUUAAUCCCCUUGAGGUCUAUGGCAUCGAGUUCAUGGUGGACAACUCCAACCUGGGCUUCCUGGUGACCGAUGCCGAGCGGAAUCUGAUUGUCUACAUGUACCAGCCCGAGGCCAGGGAGUCGCUGGGCGGUCAGAAGCUCCUUCGAAAGGCGGACUACCACCUGGGACAGGUGGUGAACACCAUGUUCCGGGUGCAGUGCCACCAAAAGGGCCAGCACCAGCGCCACCCCUUCCUGUAUGAGAACAAGCAUUUUGUUGUGUACGGAACUCUGGAUGGGGCGCUAGGAUAUUGCCUUCCGCUGCCAGAGAAGCUCUACCGACGGUUCCUCAUGUUGCAGAACGUCCUCCUGUCCUACCAGGAGCACCUGUGCGGCCUCAACCCCAAGGAGUAUCGCACCAUUAAGGCGGUCAAGAAGCAAGGAAUCAAUCCCUCGCGCUGCAUCAUAGACGGUGACCUGAUCUGGUCCUACCGGCUGCUAGCCAACUCGGAGCGCAACGAGGUGGCCAAGAAGAUAGGCACGCGGACGGAGGAGAUCCUGUCCGAUCUGCUGGAGAUCGAGCGACUGGCGAGCGUCUUCUAGGCACCCCCCAGGCGCUUAAGAUGUAAAGCUUUAGAUGUAAACUGUUGUAAUUUAUGUUACGAAUUGUAAUUCAGUUCUUAGUUCUUAGUUUUGUAAACCAAGCGAAGUCACAACAAAGUAUUUUGUUAAGUAA